UCGAUAUUUAAUGGCUUUUUUUUUUUAUCGCGGUUUAUCGUCUUUUACGACUAGAAUACAGACAAGCGGCGCUAUACAUAUAGUGUAAUACAAUAUAAUCGAAGUGGAAAAAUCGGGGCGAGAUGGGAAUUGUACAUUAUAUGGGAGAGAAUCGGUGGCAUCGAUUUUUUCCAUCAGCGAUAAAAGUCGAUCUGCUUUUCGAAGCGCCUUUUAGUUUCGGCACGCAACAAUACAACGAUCUACAAUCUCCGAUGUUUAUCGGCUGCUGCACGAGACUCUUCGCUUGUAUACACAUUGUCAAACGGAAAUUUUAUGCUGGGCAGCUGGAAAAAAAAGGACGCGACGAUGAUGCUGCUCUUUUCUUUUUCUCGCGAUUAUCUGUUUAAUCCAGAAAUCGUUAUUUUUAGAUAAGUCGUCGCAUUUUUUUUCCAUUAUUAUUCGAUCGAUUCCGAGAUUCCCAUGGAGUCGAGAUACAAUAGUAAAAAUCUGAUAAGGUAUAUUAUUCACGUGCCGUGAACACGCUCGUUCAGGUUUAAUUUUUUAAUAGAACGUAAUCUCGAAACUGCUGGUAUACGAUAUAUAUGUGUCACAUAUCGAUCCAACAAUGGGUUUGUAUAUAUAGCAACGGAUAUCCCGCUUUUGUUUCCGAGCGAGUCUCUAUUGAGUCAUUGUUCCGGAGCAUAAUAUCUCGGGAAAUUUGCACAUCGGUGUAAAAAUAGAAAUAAGGAAAAUAUGGAGCAACAGGAGAACGCAGAGCCGGUGAAGACCGGUAGACUGAAAAUUUCAGACAAACCAACUACGGAGUCGCACAGGGAGUACCUGGACAUGGACACCGACGAAGAGGAAUUCGGUCAUCAAGAGACACCCGAACCGCAAGACGAGGCGCCUCCGGAGCCGGAUAAGCCGGUAUUCACCGGCGCUGAACUCGACACGCUGGUGAAAUACACAAAAGAGCUGACGGUCCUUCCAAACCUCCAGGACGACAGCUGGUCCCAAGAAGUCGAAGAAACUAUCCGCGAGUACUUUCGCGAUCCCACCAAAACAAUCCUCACCGUCUUUUUCUCCAAAACCCAAGAACUCCAAGCUCUCUUGGACUUUCCCGAACAAACGCACGGUGGAUUGACCUACUUCCUCCGGAAACCCUGGCAAGUCUACAGAGCCGAUGACUUCCUAUCCAGCGUGACGUUUGGCAGUGUCGGUGACAGGAUUGAACUGACGGCCAUCAAGUUCGUCGGCGGAGUCUACGCGCCUAUGGCAUUUAAAAGCGGUGACUGGCCUGAAAUAACUCGCGACGAGAUUUUCUCGAACAUCAACGAUUUCCUCACACGAGCCAUAGACGUGACGUACAAACCCAUGGGAAUCCUUGUGCUUUACGUUCCCUGGGAAGGUUGUGCGGAACAAGAGAAACAGCAUCCCGAUAUGGAGAGAGAAAGCGUUACGAGGAUCCAGAGGCAGAAGGAGCGAGCGCUGCUGAUAAAUCGACUGGAAAAGGUCGCCAGGACUUGGAUCAAACAGAUCCGAGAGGUUCUGAUGAUAUCGUCGUUCAACUCGCAAGAGCUUCACGAUGUUGCUGGGGAGUUUGAUUUCUGGCAGUGCAGAUAUGAGAAUUUGGCCUGUAUAUCGAGACAGCUGCAGCACGAUCGUCUGCUCCAAAUAAUCAAGCAGCUGAAAAAGGUGAAGUCGUCGAGUAUAAAGGAUCUGAAACUUCUCGUUUCAAGAGUGAAAAGCGCUUUGGAAGAAACCAAGUCGAACCUUGGCUGUCUUUAUCUAGUACUGCAGAUCUGCAAGUCCUUUGACAAUUGGAACCAGAUCCAGGAAUGUCUGCCCAGAAUACUGCACGCCAUUCGCUUCGUGUGGACCACUUCUCCGUACUACAACAAAUCAGAAAACAUCGAAAGACUCUUGUGCUCCUUGAGCAUCCACGUAGUCAAAAUCUGCAAGAGCAGCAUCAAUCUCAAGCUAAUCUUCGAUGAUCCGAAGAAGUGCCGGGAGUGUCUGGCAUCGAGUAUUUCCUGCUGCGAAGCCUACUCGAAAAUUUACGACAGCAUCACAGAAAACUGCAAACUCAACGAGACUAACUGGAGCGUCGACAAAGCCGUGAUCUUCAACAGCAUCGGCGCGUUCGAGCUGCGCUGUCGUGACGUCUCCGAGAUCUGCGAUACCAUCAUCAUUUACGGCAGUCUGAACAAGAUAAGCAUUGGCGGCACCAGAGGCAACCAGCACGAAAUGGAGUACCGUCGUGUCAUGGAUUACUUCCUGCAGAUGACGAACGAGAUGAGGCUCUGCUGCGAGUAUGCCUUGGAUAUUACGAGGAUAAAGUGGUUCCAGGACAUUUCCAAUUUCCGAUGCGACGUCGCCGAGCUGGAGAGUACUGUUAAGAAUUUACUGAACAGCUUAUUCGAGGACGUGAAGAAUGUGGAGAUGGGCGUCGAGACGCUGUAUACUUUGCUCAAGUUCAAAGAGCGACAGGGCUUUCAGGAUAUUCUGCAUGACAAAUGGACACAGGUUUGGGAGCUGUUCUACGACGAAAUGAAAAUCUGCUCGCUGCCCCCGACGAACGUCGAGAUGGUUGCGGAUAAAGUGAAGUUUUCUCAAAGCGAAGACGCUCUGGUAUCGCAAAUUCACAAGAGUUACUUGACGAGACUUCAUAAGAUACUGGUAAACGCGUCAGAUUGGCUGGGAGAUUGCGACGUUCAAUUUGAAGUGCCUGCGAAGUAUCUGCGAACGAAAAUGAAUAAUUAGCGUAAACUCAUUUUUACGGCAUGUUAUCUUAAUGCAUUCGACUUUUAUAGGAAAUUGAUGUCGCAUUGUUGCAUAUUUACAGCUUUGCUAACAGGAUUUUGUACAUUUUUAAUAAACUUUUUUCUACGGAAAGAAUGAGAAAAGACGUUUAGCAUAAUGCUUAUGAAUGAGUCUUCUCAAAUGCAUAAUCUAAUGAGCCUGCUAUUAUUGUGAUUUUAUCCGCAGACAAAUGACUGGUUCUAAAAUUGACGACAUUUCCAUAAGUGGAUUGGGCACUUUGAGACUUUACGUUUUCAAAGUAGGCAAUAAUGUUGAACGCGAAGAAUAAGUUUAAAAAAAGAGAUUAUUUUCAGGUUUUUAAAAAUAAACGUGAGCUGAUUCUUUUUUUGUGAACCAUAAAUUGUAAUCUUGCUGGGGUGAGAAUAUCGUUUAAAAAAUACAACUUAUGUGUAGUAUAAGUACUAUAAAAUAUAUUAUAGAAGUUAUUUGUUUCUCACUGGCAGUGCACUAAUAGAUUAAUCUUGCACUUAACAAGUCACAGACUUGCUUUUACAAUACUACUAUGGCAUACAAGUAAAUGUUAUAUAAAAUAUAUAUGUCUUAUAAUCUAUACGUAAAUGUUUGGCGGUUUAGCCUUUAUCACGAUUUAAAUAAUGACAUUUAGUUAACUUCCAUUAUCAGAUGGUCGUCUUGCUGGCCAGCAUCAGCGUUGAACACAGAAUCUUCCGGAGAUUCUUUGUAAUUUAAUAACGUAUUAUCGGAAAUUUGAGUAAGAAUUUGCUCUUCUCUCAUCG